AUGGGCCUGGCGUGUCUUGGGGUGAUGGCGGGGCGUGUGGCUGUGGCGGCGGUGCUCCUGCUGCAUCUUGGAGGCGCCCACGGCACCAGGGACUGUGAGGAUCUUCAUGGAGUGGUGGUCGUUAGUGAAGGAGGGAAGGAGACAAUUUGUAAGGAGAAAAGAGAAUUAGGAAGAUAUAGUGAGUCGACAACAGUGUACGUGAAGCCGGGAGAUGACUUCAAGGGAGUUAGUCUUGUAGUGACACAAGCAUUUCUCUCUGCACCAAGUCAAAUACUAGCUUGGUUUGGCCUUGACAGGUGUUACAGCAACAACAAGUGGAUCAAACUGAAGGUGGAUGUGGAAGGACCGAAUAGAUGGAACCAAAUUCUGCAUUUCACCCUAACCAUUGAAGGAUACAGAGGAAGAUGCACGAGGCAACAAUCAUGGAACAAAUUCAUCACUGGCCUUAGUAUUGUGGCUCACGGCUCUUCCAGCUGGACAAGCACAGCCACAGAAACGGGCGGCAGAUGUCUCGGUCCAACACAAUUCACGAACCUGCAGAAGCCACGCACCUGCAGGGAUCCGCCGCGCCCUACCAGAACCACCACCACCACCACAAAAAGAGCACCUCCAGUUACUACCACCACCACCACCACAACAACAACAACAACAGCACCUCCAGUUACUACCACCACCAACACAACCACCACAACAACAACAGCACCUCCAGUGGUGAUAGCGGUGCCGAUAGCGGUGGUGGUGGCGGUGAUCCUGGCCAUUGUGGUGUGUGUGACCUACCGGAGGCGACGGCGUGGACAGGGAGAGGGGCAGGGUGAGUAUGUGUGUGUGUGUGUGUGUGUGUGUGUGUGUGUGUGUGUGUGUGUGUGUGUGUGUGUGUGUGUGUGUGUGUGUGUGUGUGUGUGUGUGUGUGUGUGUGUGUGUGUGUGUGUGUGUGUGUGUGUGUGUGUGUGUGUGUGUGUGUGUGUGUGUGUGUGUGUGUGUGUGUGUGUGUGUGUGUGUGUGUGUGUGUGCGUGUGUGUGUGUGUGUGUGUGUGUAGGUGUGGGUGUGCUUAAUUUCUUCCCUAAAGCCACCUGAGUGGCGCGAGU